AUGGAAGGGUCAGCAGCAGCAGGAGGAGGUGGUGGAGGGGGAGGGGGAGAGUCGAAGAAGGAGGACAGCCUGCCGCCGGGCUUCAGGUUCCACCCGACGGACGAGGAGCUCAUCACGUACUACCUGCGGCAGAAGAUCGCCGACGGCAGCUUCACGGCAAGGGCCAUCGCUGAGGUCGACCUCAACAAGUGCGAGCCGUGGGAUCUCCCGGAGAAAGCGAAGCUGGGAGAAAAAGAGUGGUAUUUCUUCAGCCUAAGGGACCGGAAGUACCCAACAGGUGUUCGAACAAACCGUGCCACUAACGCUGGUUACUGGAAGACAACGGGGAAAGAUAAGGAAAUCUACAGCGGUCAGCUGCCAGCCACGCCAGAGCUAGUAGGGAUGAAGAAAACCCUGGUGUUCUACAAGGGAAGAGCUCCUCGGGGUGAGAAGACAAACUGGGUCAUGCAUGAGUAUCGACUGCACUCCAAAUCAGUCCCCAAAUCUAACAGGGAUGAGUGGGUGGUGUGCCGGGUGUUCGCCAAGAGCGCCGGCGCCAAGAAGUACCCGUCCAACAACGCGCACUCGCGGUCGCACCACCACCUCCACCCGUACGCGCUGGACAUGGUGCCACCCCUCCUGCCCACGCUGCUGCAGCACGACCCCUUCGCGCGCCACCACCACCACCACCACCACCCGUACAUGACCCCGGCCGACCUGGCCGAGCUCGCGCGCUUCGCCCGCGGCACGCCGGGGCUGCACCCGCACAUCCAGCCGCACCCCGGGACGUCGGCGGCGGCGUACAUGAACCCCGCCGCCGCCGUGGCUGCGCCACCGUCGUUCACGCUCUCUGGCUGUGGCCUCAACCUGAACCUCGGCGCCUCGCCGGCCAUGCCGUCGCCGCCUCCGCCGGCGGCGGCGGCACUCCACGCGAUGUCGAUGGCGAUGGCGAUGAGCGGCCAGACGGCGCCGAGCUGUGCCGGCGGCGGUAACCAUCAUCAGGUGAUGGCAGGUGAGCACCAGCACCAGCAGCAGAUGGCGACGGCGGCGGGGCUCGGCGGCUGCGUGAUCGUGCCCGGAGCGGACGGAGGGUUCGGCGCGGACGCGGCCGGGGGCCGGUACCAGAGCUUGGACGUGGAGCAGCUGGUGGAGAGGUACUGGCCUGCCGGGUACCAGGUCUAG